AUGGGUAAUGUAAACUCACUUUUCACCACAAAUCCAUCAGAAAUUUUACCGGUCGAAGUGUAUCUUAACGAUUUGUCAUGUGAUGCUGUGGAAAAUCUUGGAAGCACCCGAUUCAUGAAAGUAGCUCGUGGAAGAACACAUGAAGGUGUCUUCGUUUACAAAGUAUUUGUUCGACAAGAUUUGGCCUCUCUGGAUCCGUUUCCACAGCGAAUCAUAGAUAUCCGGAAAGCUCUUAUGAAGAGUCCUAAUUGCUGUCCUAUCAAGAAAGUUCUUGUUAAACAGAAAUAUGCUGUAAUGGUCAGAGCCUUCCAAAAGCACACACUUUUCGAUCGGAUGAGCACGAGACCGUUUGUUGUAGAAGCAGAAAAGAUGUGGUACAUCUUCCUGCUCUUCAAAGCACUAUCCCAAUGCGAAACAGCUGGAGUAUGUCAUGGAGACCUCAAAUCUCAAAAUGUGCUCAUUUCCUCUACAAAUUGGCUUCAAGUCACAGAUUUUGCUCCAUUCAAACCCUGUUUCCUGACACACGACAACCCAUCGUCGUUCACCUUUUUCUUCGAUACCAGCCGUCGUCAAAGUUGUUAUAUUGCACCUGAAAGAUUUAUUUCGGCGACGGAAUACGAGGAAAAACUGAAAAAUGGACAGGAAGAGUGGCUUUUUGGCUCUCUGACACCCAAAAUGGACAUGUUCUCAGCGGGGUGCAUCGUUUUCGAGCUGCUCUGCGAUCGUCCUCCCUUCACUUAUAGCUCACUUUGUGAAUAUAGAUCUAUGAAUGAUAGUGAUGCUGCUAAUAUGUUGUUAAGACUGAUCCAAGAUGUUCCGUUGGCCUAUCGACCUCUACUCCGACUACUUUUGAAUCGAGAUCCCACUUUCAGAAUAUCAGCAAACGCAGUGCUCACCGGAGCUGCUCUGAAAUUCCCGAACAUUUUGGAAAGCUUCCUGUUUCGUUAUCUCGAUCGUUUCCGACCGCUCUAUGGUGCCUCAACGUCUCAAGAUUCGACGACUGAUGAUUUCAGCCAAGCUCUUGAAUUUUCGUAUCUGGAGCCAGAUGAUGUUAUUAGCAAAUUAAAACGAGAGAAGCAGUUAUGGUGGGCGAGACUAUCAGAAAGUGAUGAGUCAAAGUCUUUCGCUUUUCUCUUCGUUUCGUUGAUCACAGCCAAUCUCAGAGCGUUGAGAACGAUUCAAGCAAAAACUGAUGCCAUCAGAAUGCUGGUUGAGCUCUCAUCAAUUUCCGAUUCAAGUGUUGCAAUAGAUCGGAUACUUCCAUACUUUACAUAUCUUUGGUCUGACCCAGAAACCCAGGUCCGUGCGACUGCUGUGACUGCUGUUGCUGAACUUCUCGCUCCGAUUAAGCCGAAAACUUUCGAAGAAUCGCUGGUCUUUGUUGAUUUUCUUUUCCCUCUCCUGAAUUCCAUGUCGAACGACUCUGUUGACUGUCCCCAGCACGUGCUAUUUGCCAUUGCUACGUCCCUUGGGCAAUUUGCUGACACCGCUUACAGAUUUUAUACAGUCGGUCGAGAAAUUCGACAAGCCACACCGUACGAUGACGAGGUUUCAACAACUGGUGAUCUACAACAAAAUGAUGAUGCCGGCGCUUUGCUUCACGGAGUUUCUGCAAUGUUUUCAGCACUAUGUAGUAAAGAUCCAAUGGUGAAGAGGUGUUUGGUCGAGAGCAAAUCACUCAUCUUGCUCUAUCAUUUCUUUUUAAAAAUAGGAAACGAUGAUACACUUCUCCGAUUUUUGUGUACAUUUUUAAAUGCGAAAACAGAAUGGAGAUUGCGAGCGGCUUUCUUCGAUUCUCUACCUGUUUGUGUGCAGAAGCGAAGUGAAGGAAUGGUUCCACUCUUACAGUUGGCUAGGCUUCAAGAUGGCGAGGAGCAUGUUAUCACUCGAGCUCUUGGAUGUAUUCAUAUACUGAUUAAGAACGAAAAUUUGGAUCGAUUAUCAGUCAAAAAGUUACUCGAUGAUGUGCUACCGUUUUUAGUACAUCCGAAUGAUUGGGUACGAUCCGCUGUCUGCGACAUUCUCCUGGCCAUCAACUCCCAAUGGCACAAAGCCGAAAUUCAUGUAAAACUGAUUCCUCUCGUCAGUCCGUUUAUUGAAGAAUCCAAAAGACGGAUAUUGACUCUGCAAAGCAAAUCAGUUCUAAUGAGUCAGCUCAUCGACCCGAUUCCCCGUGUCACAUUCAAUCAAAUUAUAGAACUAAGUUUGGAUAAUACAACGGCUUUGACUACGCUUCUAGAAUUACACUACACAAUGGGUAAACCGUUCGAAGCUGGCUCAUGGUUCAAUCCUAUUUUCCCGAAAAUCAAGACGGAAAACAUUGCGGGAGUUGUGGAGCAUAAUGAUUUGAAGGCGGCCCUGGAAACAAGAAAACGGUUGAUAUGGGCGGUUCAUGUAUUCAGAAAACUUUUCGAGAGGAUGGCAGAGACCAGAAAUACCGCUGGGAUGGAAACCUACCUCACCCGUCAAGUCGGAACUAUUGAUCUCUCCGCGCUUGCUCACAGUCGUGUCCGUCGAAAAGAAUUCACAUAUGGAGAUGAUUCUGCGAUAACUGGAAAUGUCAAACCUACAACUGUAAUCAACAUUCCCAACAGUUCAAACAAACGACGUGAUACUCUCAUGUUGAGUGGAGAAGUGGUUUAUGAAGAGGAGGAACGAAUUGUAACAAACACCCCAACACCGUACCAUUCGGUCAAAAGCUCUACAUUCGACAACACGGUAAAUGAAAUGCUUGCUCAUCUCAACGACGUUCACAUGAAGAAUGUGAAUAGUCGCCCCAAAAGACCCCUUGUUGCCAGUGCGAGUCAUCCAGUUCUAAGUGCUUCUGCAUCUGGAGGCUCGCUCGGUGGAUCGUCGAAUAAUGUGAAAGGAACAAUUAUCACUCAUCUUCACGAGCACUCUGGAAAAGUUACGAAACUCUCUGCCAACCGGGAGUGUGACUUCUUCCUAAGUGGAUCUGCAGAUGGUACUGUGAAAGUAUGGAAGACUCGGGCGGUUCUAGGAGAGGGAUAUGGUGCGGCGAGAAGUGAAGAUACAUGGCUUCCGAAUGAACUAAAACGGGAGUGUGUGAAUUCUGUCGGAUGGAACGAUCAGUACCCGUGUGCCGCUUCCAACGAUGGAUAUGUUCGAUGGGCGGAUCUCGGGCAAGGUAAGGCUCGCAUUAUCACACAAGUUCGGAUACCGGAAGCAGAAGGAGCACCAGUGUAUCUUCAUUGUAACGGUCCGAUGACAGUUGUUAGAACUCAUCACGGAGCACUGUAUGGAAUCGAUCUGAGAGUCGGAGCAUCGGAAGGGCCACUGAAACGACAUGACAUUUGGAGGAAAAAGUUUCAGGAGACACAUGGACUCAUCACCUGUUCUGCAAUCGAUCCAUGGCAACAGAGUUGGAUGGUUCUUGGAAAUAAUUCGAGUCAACGAAACUUAAUGCUCUAUGAUCUCCGCUUCCGUGAGGAGGUUCUUCGUUGGGAGUCCCCUCAUAUCAAUGUACAACCACAUGCAGUAUGGACGAAUCCAGUAUCUCGACAGGAUAGUCCUGAAGUUCUUGUUGGAUUCACAAUGCAAGGAGAAGUGAGCUCAUAUGAAUUGGGAGCGCAACCACUACGAAAGAAGGUGUUCUGGACUGGAGGAGCACCGAUUCUAACCUAUAGUGCUGUCGAUCCACGGAAACAAGAAACACUGGUCACUCGUGCUCUUUGUGUCUGCGAGAAAACUGGUGUCGUGUAUACCGGAGAUACACGUGGAGCCAUUCGAAAAUGGAAUCCAUCGAGAGCAAUCGGCUGCGAAAUUUUGUCCUCGCCACCUAAAGGACGGUCUGCGUAUCGUACGAUUUUCGAGGAGAAUGAUAUUGCCAACACACCUUCAGGAUCAUCCACAGAUCCAUUGGUGAUUUACGAGAGGAAUGUGUUGGAUACGGAGGCGAAGGAAAACCAGAAAGUGGUUCCUUUAGAUUCCAAGCCAUCAACCUAUCACCGCACUCCAAUCACUGAUAUGACGCUGCUGAACUCUGAGCUUCUGGUAUCUGCUGGUUACGACGGUGUCAUCAAAAUCUGGAAAUAA